CGCUUUGAGGGAAUGUGAUUGGAUCCGUCGCAGAUGGAAAUCAUGUGAAGAAAAGGAUGUCUUUGAGUUAGAAGAAGGAAGAUCAUGCAUCGAUUGGCUGAAAACUAUUCUCAAAACUUGUUCAAAAGAGAAAAUUCAAAGGUUCAAUGCCAUUAUUUGGUGUCUGUGGAAAGAGCGAUGUAACCACAAGCAUAACAAUAGAAAGAUGGAGGAAGAGCAGGUCAUCUCCAGGGCAAUUGCUUGGCUCCGUUCCUAUCUGGAUGCCCAGGACAACGCGCAUUCAGGGCCUUCUGCAUGUCCCCCUACCACCGCGAGGAUACAAAUCAGAAGGUGGAUCCCUCCUUCUGAGGGAAUUUUCAAAAUGAAUACGGAUGUGGGUGUCUCCUCCAACUCUGGAAUUGACCUGGGCUGCAUCAUGAGGGAUUGGAAGGGUGAUUUUUGUGGUGCGAUGGCAAGAAAGGAAAGAGGGGUAUGCAGGCCUAUUGAAGCUGAAGCUAAGGCGAUUUUGAUGGGGUUGAAGGAAGCAAAUAGAAGGCAAUUGAGCCCUGUUAUUGUCGAGUCGGACUGUCAACUUUUGCUGGAAAAUUGAAGAACAAGGUGGCUAACCGAAUGAAGUUGGGAUGGUGGU